CUUCAUUUUAUUCGUACUGUUUGAAGUGUUGCUGUGAGAUAAUGGCCAGAACCAAGCAAACCGCUCGUAAAUCCACCGGAGGCAAAGCCCCGAGGAAGCAGCUGGCGACUAAAGCCGCCCGUAAGAGCGCACCCGCCACCGGUGGCGUUAAGAAACCUCAUCGUUACAGGCCCGGUACCGUGGCUUUGAGAGAGAUCCGUCGUUAUCAGAAGUCCACUGAGCUGCUGAUUCGCAAACUACCCUUCCAGCGUCUGGUGAGAGAAAUCGCUCAAGAUUUCAAGACGGAUCUGCGUUUCCAGAGCUCCGCUGUCAUGGCGCUGCAGGAGUCCAGCGAGGCUUAUUUGGUCGGUCUGUUUGAAGACACCAACCUGUGCGCCAUCCACGCCAAGAGGGUCACCAUCAUGCCCAAAGAUAUCCAGCUGGCGGAGAGCGCGCUUAAACCCACAGCCGCUUCAGCCGCACAAACCCCGAAGCCUCUUUUAAGAGCCGUCUCAAUGUUUCUAUGAAAGACGAUUUCCAUUGAAUCAUGUGAAUUAAGUUCAUGUGUGAAGUAAUUUCGGUGUGUUUGCUGAGUCUAGACGAUUUAAGUUUAAUUUCAUGUCUGUAUACCAAAGCAAUUAUAAUACAUAUGUAAUGCGUAUAAUGAGAGGAAACUUCACUUCAACGUUAAAAAAACAAGCAGUGUUUUCAACCUACAUUCAAUACUAUACCAGUCUCUGCUUUUAUUUAUGGAGAAAUCCUUGUCUAGGCACUAAGUUGAGACAUCCCUGGCGCGUGGAAACGUUCAUUAAAGAUGUUGAA